GCGCUUCCGGGAGGGUUUGAGGAGGAGGAGGAGAGAAAAUUCGCGGUAGUGAGGAGAGAAAGAGGAGGAAGAGGAGGAGGAGGAGGAAGAGGCGGCGGCUGUGACGCGGGUCCCGCCGCGGGGGCUUCGGCUCUCCAUGGCGCUCAGCCUCGACCGAGACGCCUUCGGCAGGAGAUUGCGGCGGCUCUAUGGCAGCUGGCAGAAGGGCGAGGAGGAGCUCGGCGCCGUGGACGCCAUUGUGGUGGCCGUGGGGGUGGACGAGGAGAUCGUCUACGCCAAAUCCACCGCUCUCCAGACGUGGCUUUUCGGCUACGAGUUAACGGAUACCAUCAUGGUGUUCUGCGAGGAGAAGAUCCUCUUCAUGGCGAGCAAGAAGAAGGUGGAAUUCCUGAAGCAGGUGGCCCACGGGAAGGGCGGAGAAGGAGCCAACGGAGUCCCCGGCAUCACGCUGCUCGUCCGCGAGAAGAACGAGAGCAACGAGGCCAACUUUGAGAAGAUGGUGGAGGCCCUGAAGAGCAGCAAAGGCGGAAAACGCAUCGGAGUCUUCAGCAAAGACAAAUUUCCGGGCGACUUCAUGAAGAGUUGGAACGAUUGUCUCAACAAAGAAGGCUUCGAGAAGGUGGACAUCAGCGCCGUGGUGGCCUACACGAUGGCGGCCAAAGAGGACGGCGAAGUCAACCUGAUGCGCAAAGCGGCCGCCAUCACCUCCGAGGUCUUCACCAAGUUCUUCAAGGAACGCGUGAUGGAGAUCGUGGACGCGGAUGAGAAGGUGCGUCACAGCAAGUUGGCGGAGUCGGUGGAGAAGGCCAUCGAGGAGAAGAAGUUCUUGGCCGGAGCCGAUCCGUCGGCGGUGGAGAUGUGUUAUCCGCCCAUCAUCCAGAGCGGAGGGAACUACAACCUCAAGUUCAGCGUCGUCAGCGACAAGAACCACAUGCACUUUGGGGCCAUCACGUGCGCCAUGGGCAUCCGCUACAAAUCCUACUGCUCCAACCUGGUGAGGACGUUGCUGGUGGAUCCACCGCAGGAGAUGCACCACUACGCCUUUCUCCUUCAGCUUCAGGAGGAGCUCCUCAAGGAGAUGCGGCACGGCACGAAGCUCUGCGACGUCUACAGCGCAGUGAUGGACCUCGUGAAGAAGCAGAAACCCGAAUUGUUGAGCAAAAUCACCAAAAAUUUGGGCUUCGCGAUGGGCAUCGAAUUCCGCGAGGGCUCUUUGGUCAUCAACAGCAAAAACCAACACCGCCUCAAGAAGGGUGAGGAGAAUGGCGUCAGCGUCAACGUGGGCUUCUCGGAUCUCCCCAACAAGGACGGGAAGAAGCCGGAAGAGCGCACCUACGCCAUCUUUAUCGGCGACACCGUUCUGGUGGGACGAAGAAGGUCCCGCCGUCGUCCCACCGCCGUCAAGAAGAAAGUGAAGAACGUCGGGAUUUUCCUGAAGAACGAAGACGAAGAGGAAGAAGAAGGCGAAAAGGACGAAGCGGAAGAUCUUCUGGGACGAAGCUCCCGAGCGGCGCUGCUCACCGAGAGGACGCGGAACGAGCUGACGGCCGAGGAGAAGCGCCGCGCCCACCAGAAGGAGUUGGCCACCCAACUCAACGAAGAAGCCCGACGCCGCUUGACCGAGCAGAAGGGCGAACAGCAGAUCCAGAAGGCCCGGAAGUCCAACAUCUCCUACAAGAACCCCUCUUUGAUGCCGAAGGAGCCCCACAUCCGCGAGAUGAAGAUCUACAUCGAUAAGAAGUACGAGACGGUCAUCAUGCCGGUCUUCGGCAUCGCCACCCCCUUCCACAUCGCCACCAUUAAGAACAUCAGCAUGUCGGUGGAAGGGGACUACACGUAUCUCCGCAUCAACUUCUACUGUCCCGGAAGCGCUUUGGGUCGCAACGAGGGCAACAUCUUCCCCAACCCUGAAGCCACCUUCGUCAAGGAGAUAACGUAUCGGGCGUCCAACAUGAAGACCCCCGGAGAACAAACGGUUCCUGCGUUGAACCUCCAAAACGCCUUCAGAAUCAUCAAAGAGGUCCAAAAACGCUACAAAACGCGCGAAGCCGAAGAGAAGGAGAAAGAGGGCAUCGUCAAACAAGACUCGUUGGUCAUUAACCUCAACCGGAGUAACCCCAAGCUGAAGGACCUCUACAUCCGCCCCAACAUCGCUCAGAAGAGGAUGCAGGGGUCACUCGAGGCGCACGUCAACGGCUUCCGCUUCACCUCCGUCCGCGGCGACAAAGUGGACAUCCUCUACAACAACAUCAAACACGCCGUCUUCCAACCCUGCGACGGCGAAAUGAUCAUCGUCCUUCACUUCCACCUCAAGAACGCCAUUAUGUUCGGCAAAAAGCGCCACACGGACGUCCAAUUCUACACCGAAGUUGGAGAAAUCACCACCGAUUUGGGCAAACACCAACACAUGCACGACCGCGAUGACCUCUACGCCGAGCAGAUGGAACGAGAGAUGCGCCACAAGUUGAAAACGGCCUUCAAGAACUUCAUCGAGAAGGUGGAAGCCCUCACCAAGGAGGAACUGGAGUUCGAGGUCCCCUUCCGGGAGUUGGGCUUCAACGGUGCCCCCUAUCGCAGCACUUGUCUUCUCCAACCCACCAGCAGCGCUUUGGUCAACUGCACCGAGUGGCCUCCGUUCGUGGUCACUUUGGAUGAGGUGGAGUUGAUCCACUUCGAACGCGUUCAGUUCCACCUCAAGAACUUCGAUAUGGUCAUCGUCUACAAAGACUACAGCAAAAAGGUCACCAUGAUCAACGCCAUCCCCGUCGCCUCCUUGGACCCCAUCAAGGAGUGGCUCAACUCCUGUGACCUCAAGUACACGGAGGGCGUCCAAUCCCUCAAUUGGACGAAGAUCAUGAAGACCAUCGUGGAUGACCCCGAGGGCUUCUUCGAACAGGGCGGGUGGUCCUUCCUGGAGCCCGAGGGCGAGGGCAGCGACGCCGACGUGGGCGAAUCGGAGUCGGAGAUUGAGGACGAGACCUUCAACCCCUCCGAGGAGGACUAUGAGGAGGAGGAGGAGGACAGCGACGAAGAUUACUCCUCUGAGGCCGAGGAGUCAGAAUAUUCCAAGGAAUCCCUGGGCAGCGAAGAGGAGAGCGGGAAGGACUGGGAUGAGUUGGAAGAAGAAGCUCGGAAAGCCGACCGCGAGAGUCAAUACGAGGAAGAGGAAGAGCGCGGACGGAGCCGGAAAAGGAAAGCGGCGACCGCACGCGGCGCUUCCCACCGCCCCCCGGGACCUCCCAAGAAGAAGAGGAAGUAGAGGACCUCCUCCUUCGGGGCUCCUUCGGGGCCUUCCGGAUCAA